ACUGAAGCUGACGAAAGGAUUCAUAGAGCUCAGACGCCGAUCCGGGAACGUUAUUAACGCCAAGGACUGAGCGGAGAGGGACUGCGUCUAUAUCACCUGAGAGGACUUUUACCCGACAACAUGUGGACAUUGAGACCAGCAGCAGCUCUUUUUCUUGUCUUCUUUUUGUCCACACAGUGUGCAUCAGGCUCCUAUCCUCGAGCACAGAAUGUCACCUGGAAAUCCACCAACUUUAAAACUGUGUUGACCUGGGAGCCCAAACCUACAGCUGAUUACUCCUACACGGUGCAGUUCUCUGAGGACAAUGGAAAUGAAAAGAGGACCCCUCACUGUAUCCGCUCCUCAGCCACAGUGUGUGAUCUCUCCAGCUCUCUGACUGACCUGAAUGCCUCCUAUGAAGCCUAUGUCCUGUCUGAGCCCCCACUGGGGGCUACUUCUGACCUCAUUGAGUUCCCUCACACCAUCUCACCAAAAUUCUGCCCCUACAAAGACACUGAUAUAGGCAGACCUGACUUUAAGCUGGAGGUCAGUGAAGACAAGAAGAAGACUACUCUGUAUGUGACAGAUCCUCUCACCGCCUUGUUUAAAGAUGGCCGCCAGCUGAACAUAAGGGAUAUCUUCUCUGAUCAGCUGCAGUAUAAAGUCACCUAUCGGAAAAAUAAGAGCACUGGGAAGAAAGAGUACAACUCAAAGACAAGUGCGAUCGAGCUGACUGAUCUGGACCGAGGCGAGAGCUACUGCUUCAUGGUCCAGGCCUACAUCCCUAGCCGCAACAUCAACAAGCAGCUGGGAGAGCUGAGCCACACCCAGUGCUCCAAUGACGACCAACAGUCCAUCUUUGAAGUGUAUUCGGUGGGUGUGAUCGCUGCUGCCAUCUUCCUCAUCCUGCUGCUGAUUGGCCUCAUCAUCACAGUCACUGUGGUCUGCUGCAAGCGCAGGAAGAAAGCUCUGAAAAGCGGAAAAGAGGGAGUGCCACUGCAGAACGUGUAGAGUGUGUGUUCCAUCACACACACAUACACACACACUCUGCAGGAACACACGGUACAGCUUAACUGGACUCAGGCCUGUGAGGAGAUGACGAGGGCAGAUCUAGUCCAACAUUCCACUGUCAGACACUUGAAUCUCUCCUUCCUUUAGUUUCUGUGAAACUGCCUCUGAAUAGAUUUCAUCCUUUCUGUCUCACGUCAUGCUGCAGAGAAAAAGAGACUUGAGGAAAACACUGUUUGAACACUCCUACUGCACACACUAGUCACACUGCUGAAGCUAUAAUAUUCCCUUUCUGGUCUUUUAUAUUUGGUGAAUGGUACUUGAUGACUGUUGUUAAACAUAGCUGAUUUUAUUUAUUUAACUUUGUUGUGUUUUUUCUUUAAUGGGAUACUAGGGAAACACCUUAUGGGAAAUCAACACUUGGUAUAUAUUAUUUUUGUAUUUUAUGCUUAAUUUAUUGUGUUAGGGAGAGAUUAACAUAUUUGUAUAUGUUGUUUUAGCUAUUUUGUACUUCAGAUGGUUGUAGAUAUUUUUAUUACGUGGUGAAAUGCUGAAAAAUAAAUAAAUAACAUUUUUAAAGAACGGGA